UUUAUCACAUUGGCAGGUGGAUGAUAGUAGUUCGUUGUUCGGGGAAAAUGUUUUAAAAGGACGUGUGCGGGAGCCUUUUUUUUGGGGGGGUCUAACUUCAUUUCAAACCGUUUGCUAAUGGAUGUUAACGCCUCCGGAAUGUGUGACCGCGAAGAUACUUCUCCGGCUGUGUUUGCCCUGGUAAACGGACGCUGGCGGUGCUAACGGGCUGACCAAACAUUCAACUUCAUGUUAGCUUGGUAGGCCCAGCAAUGGCUGGUGAAACUUGGUGACAGCAGUCGUUGAAAAUGUACCACCGGGAGGCUCAACGACACCGCUGUUAAUGUGUGUUUUUACCCCGUCGUCAGUUGAAGAGAGCUCGGCGUGAUUUGAUUUGAGGCGUAGCCUGCGGGAGCCCGUCAGAGACCGAGCAGCCUAUCCCAGCGGAGCCACUGUUACGUCCCCGAAAUGCUCCCUUCGUGUAACUUGUAGCUCCGGGUGACUGUCUUGUGAGAAUUUACAAUGGGUGAUAUGGGCAGCUAGCUUGUUCUGUCUUCCCCCAACAUGUCUGCUCAUUUGUCGCGAACAGCAAGUUGACUCGUGACCGACCGCGGAGCAGGAGAAGCCCGUGCACAGCCCUACGGAAAGGACGCAGCGACAACGAGGGUAACAUCCGAGAACCCCCUCCUCCCGGCGCAGAGGCGGCGAGAGACGGACGGACGGAGGGAGGGAGGCAACGGCAGCUUCGGGGUCCCCGACACUGAGCCGAGGAGAGGCAUCGCUGAAAUGAGAUGAGGCUCAGAAAUGGAACUGUGGCCACUGCGAUCAUUUUCUUCACGUCUUUCCUCAGCCUGUCCUGGUACACAGCGUGGCAGAAUGGCAAAGAGAAGCUGGUAGCGUACCAGCGGGAGUUCCAUGCGUUGAAAGAGCGCCUUCGUGUGGCCGAGCACAGGACGCUGCAGCGCUCGUCUGAGCUCAACACGAUCCUUGAGCAGUUCAAACGCGCCAUCGCCGAGACUAACAACAGCAAAGAUGCCCUCACCAACUUUUCCGAUGAGACACAGAAACUACUGAAAGAGCUCGCAAACAGGAAACAGCUCCAAGUGCCAAAUAUUUACCAUCACCUGCCUCACCUACUCAAUAAUGAAGGCAGCCUGCACCCGGCCGUGCAGGUCGGUCUUGGCCGCACAGGAGUUACCAUGGUGAUGGGGAUUCCCACAGUGAAGCGGAAGGUGAAGUCGUAUCUGUCAGAGACGCUGCAUUCGCUAAUAGACAAGCUGUCACCAGAGGAGAAACUUGACUGUGUUAUUAUCGUCUUUGUCGGGGAGACUGACGUGGACUAUGUGCACAGCGUAGUUGCCGGACUGGAGAAAGAGUUUUCUACAGAGCUGAAUGCAGGUUUGCUGGAGGUGAUCUCACCACCGGCCGCUUAUUAUCCCGAUCUAACCAACCUCAAGGAGACUUUUGGAGACUCCAAAGAGAGAGUCAGAUGGAGAACCAAGCAGAAUCUGGACUACUCCUUCCUCAUGAUGUACGCUGUGAGCAAAGGGGUUUACUAUGUCCAGCUGGAGGACGACAUUGUGGCCAAACCCAACUACUUUGCCACCAUGAAGAACUUUGCCCUGCAGCUCUCGUCAGAGGACUGGAUGAUCCUGGAGUUCUCCCAGCUGGGUUUCAUCGGGAAGAUGUUCCAGGCUCCCGACCUCAACCUCAUUGUUGAGUUCAUCUUCAUGUUCUACAAGGAGAAACCCAUCGACUGGCUGCUGGAUCAUAUUCUCUGGGUCAAAGUCUGCAAUCCUGAAAAAGAUGCGAAACAUUGCGAGCGUCAGAAGUCCAGCCUCCGCGUACGGUUCAGGCCCUCCCUAUUCCAACACGUGGGGCUCCAUUCUUCUCUCGCCGGAAAGAUACAAAAGCUCACAGACAAAGACUUCCUGAAGCCACUGCUCCACAAGAUGCACGUCAACCCACCGGCUGAGGUUUCCACUUCAAUGAAGGUGUAUCAGGGUCACACACUGGAAAAGACGUACCUCGGAGAAGACUUCUUCUGGGCCAUUACGCCCACUGCAGGAGACUAUGUCCUCUUCAAAUUUGACCGACCCAUCAGCAUAGAGAGGUUCCUGUUUCGCAGUGGUAACCAGGAGCACCCAGGAGACAGAAUUGAGAACACCACAGUUGAAAUACUGCCUGUCACGGAACCCGGACCACAGACCAAAGACAAGUACAAACGAACAGAGGACCGAUUUUACGCCGUCGGUCAGUUUAAGAAGGGCGUGGCAGAAGGGAAUGUGGAUCCUUCCUUCAAUCCCAUCAUGGCUCUCCGGCUCUCAGUUGUCAAAGACUCGGCUGUGUGGGCCAUCAUCAGUGAAAUACAUAUAAAGAGGAUAACUGGCUGACAGUUCCGUCAUGGGGGGGAGGGGGCUUACCUGAGUCGUGGCCCCUGAAGGACCAAAAUCUCCCAGACUGCUUACACAGGGCCUCUGGCACCUAGCAACCAGCAGUGAAAUCAUUAGCGCCCACUAGAGUAGCUCCUCUGAGCUUGUCAGACGUGUGACUUUGUCCCGCCGCUCUCUUCCUAACGUACCUUGUUACUUCGCUUCCCGACGAUUAGUUUCUCCCCAUCUCCUCCUCCUCCUCACUCUUGUGCUCUUAAUUCAUUUGUGAGAUUAAUACUACUGUCUGAAGAACAACGGAGUGAGUGAGGACCUGUUCUCAGCUGUGGCUACAAUCAGAGGAAACCUGGACUAAUGAGAAAUCAUCUGGAGAUAGAGGGGGGGGGCCAGUCAGUCAGUCAGUCACCUGGCCACUGGUGUAGAUGCUGCCAGAUCUUUCACUGUUAUUCAAUGCUGCCACCUGUGGGCAAGCUGGGACAUUGCACUGUCACUAACGCCUCAGCAAAAUGCCAUGAUGAUCGAGAAUGUUGUCAUCACUGACGGCCAGUCGCUCCCUGUUCUCGGCAAAGACGACGGCACCCUAGAUCGACACCAGCCCAGACUAAAGAUGUUCUCCUCAAAUCCUUGUUAGUCUCAAACGCUUCACUUGUCCUGAGACACACAAACUCAGGAUGGCCUUUUCCAAAAUGGCUCCCCGAGUUCUGCCUGCAGCCAGACGGUGACGACGUCGACCGUAGGUGUAGAUUUGUGGUAAUUAUCCCCUUCUAUGUAGAAGAAGUACCAUAACAAACAUAGGCUGAAUGUGACCUCAGUGUCCAUUUAUACUCUAGUACCAAUCAGGCAUUGCCUUGGCAUCAUUUCUUUUUGUUGUCUCUGAAGGAAUAUAUUGUUAUAUUGAUAUAUUAUUACAGCUUUGACGAUCUAUGAAGGUGAAUUAAUUUAUUUGAAAUAAAUCUUUAAUUUGUACAAGAGGUUAAAAUAUAUUUUUAUUCUAUUAAGAGAUGUUUACGGUAGUAGAGAAUUGGGUUUAUUUGUGUGUUUUUGUUUUUUUCUUAACUUCUGUUGUAAAUGUUAUUUUCAGUAUAACAGCCUCUCGUGAAAUUGCUUUGUCUGCAGUGAGCACGUUGCCCAGUUUAGUUUUAUUCAAUUUUCUUCCCCCUGCUCCCCUUUAUUAUUAUUUUUUUUUAAGUGAGAUGUUGAAAGUGAAGCUGGUGGUUUUCACACAUGUUUUAAGUGGUAGGAGAGUUGUAAAUAGAUACUUUUUGAAGUAGUUGUGGGUCAAAAAUUAGGAGAAAAUGUGCCUUAUCCAGGUCUGUUUUAAUUGUCUCAGCAACACAACUUCAGCCUGUGCCCUCUCACUUUUACCCACACUUUAAUUGCUGGAUAUUACUAAUAUUUUGAAUAAUGACACGCAAUAGUCCAGUUAGUGAUUGGAUGUCAAAAAACGUAAUCUCUGUUGAUUGAAAUUGGUGAGUAAGGUCCUUUUUUGGACCAGAUUACCAUCUGAAACAGCAUGAUUUGCACUGCUUUUUCUUUUUUCUUUACCAUCACACGGCCCCUCCCCCUCACCAAAUGUAUUUAAAAUUCCCAUCUGCUUAUUUCACUUACUUCCCAAAUCCACUUUAAAAUUUACUUUUACUUUACUUUAAUUAUUAUUAUUAUUAGUGGACACAAUAUUAUGACUACUGAUGAUUGCAGAUUGCACCUUUUUGGCUGAGGUUGUUAAUACUUUCACUGAUUGUAAAUCUAUAUAUAUAAAAAACAGCAACGAGUAUCUCUUCUCUUUUGCUCAAUAGUUUAUUUAAAUUCACUUGACGUGUCUUGUGUUUGUUCGUGGCCAAUUGUUCUGAGUGGAAGCUGUUUUCAAGUGGAAGUUCAUUCAUUAUUAGUUUUAUAUAUAUCAAUGUUCAUUCAAAGGGGGUAGUGAAGUGCCUUUUGGUGGAGUUUAUAUAAACGUGAAAACUUUUGCUAACAUUGCUUGUUCACAUGCAUGAUAAUUAUUUGUAAUUUAUUAACAUUGUUUUGAAUUUUCUUUUUGUUAAUUCUCCCGUCCAACAGAAGUUUAACAUUUGCCUCAAAAUCUGAUUUGUUUUUUCAUACAUAAUUGGGAGAUUAUGGGGACUGAAGCCUUUCAAUGAUAUGACUCUGGCUUCUGCUCCUUACGCCACGUCCUCAUACAAACUAAUAUGUGAAAAUGGCAUGGGCAGUUCUAUUACCUCCUACUGUGUUUGUGGAUAGAGGACAGGUGAUGCCUCCCAAAAUGAAAGAAACGAGAGGAACUCAUCUUAAUGCGUGACAAGCUCGCACACACACACACACACACACACACACACACCCACCCAUCAGUUCAUGUGCCUUUGUCAUGUGCAGUACAUGUGAAUGCCUACAUCAUUUUCCAUGGACACCUUUGAAAUAAAUGAUAAAAGUUGUCAGAA